AUGGAGGAGCAGGUGACUAGAUCCUGGGCGACUCCGCUCCGCCGCCUACAGCCUAGACGCAGCUACUGCGCAGGGGACUCGGGCGGCGACCCUGGGCACGAGCACCGCGGGGAGGUGUCUGAAGCCCAGCGCUUCCUGCCUGGCCCUUGGCCCAGGGUGGGGCGGAGAGGUGGCGGGAACCUCCUUCCCGUUUCCGCCGCGGGCAGCGUGCCGGCCAGUGCCACCGGGAGGCGCGGUCGUCCCUCCGCCCGCGCGCCGGGGGCCGGCCCUGCCGCCUGCGCCUUUUUCCCCGCGCUCACCGCGGCGGCGCGCGGUCACUAGCCAACCGCAGGGAGUGCGGUGGCUGCAGCGCCCUGCGCUCGGAAGAUGGUCCCCGCGGCCGGACAGCUCGCUCUGCUAGCGCUGGGUUUCGUGUUAGCUGUGUGCCAGGCUCUGGAGAACAGCACGUCCCCCUUGAGCGACUCCCCCGUGGCGGCUGCAGUGGUGUCUCACUUCAACGACUGCCCAGAUUCCCACACUCAGUUCUGCUUCCAUGGAACCUGCAGGUUUCUGGUGCAGGAGGAGAAGCCAGCGUGUGUCUGCCACUCUGGGUACGUGGGGGUUCGCUGCGAGCAUGCGGAUCUCCUGGCCGUGGUGGCUGCCAGUCAGAAGAAACAGGCCAUCACUGCCUUGGUGGUGGUCUCUAUCGUGGCCCUGGCUGUCCUGAUUGUCACCUGUGUGCUGAUCCACUGCUGCCACAUCCGCAAGCACUGUGAGUGGUGCCGCGCCCUUGUCUGCAGACACGAGAAGCCCAGCGCCCUUCUGAAGGGAAGGACCGCUUGCUGCCACUCUGAGACAGUGGUCUGAAGAUCCCAGAGGAGGAAUUCGGCCAGGUGACCUAUGGAAGGCCAACACCAGAAAAGCUUCUUGGGACAAUGCCACUGGCAGUACCCACGUUCCUGGGACCUGCUGGCAGACUUUCCCUGUGCAGGGCACAAUGCCUGUGCGGCCAUCUAUCCUCUAUAGGCCUUCAAAACUGUGUGGUAACUCUGUCUGCCGGGCUUCCUCAGUGCACCCUAGAGAAGAGGCCAGUAGACAAUGUUUCAAGACAAACUGAACGAGAACCUCAAAGGGCUUCCUGGCCUUCUUGCUAACCCACACCAGGCAUGCACUUGGGUUGGUGUCUCCUGCCAGUCAUGGAUACCAGGCUGUUUCUUCUCAAUGGGCCAUCUGGUCCCAGCAGAGACUCCAUGGUUGAUGUACAAAAUGGACAAGGGAGAAGCCUAUUACUAUAUGAAGACAGCGUGGCCUCCUAGGACCCUUGACAUCUCCUCAAGCUGUUGCCAGGAUGUGUGUCUUAUUUAUUCGAUGGAUAAUGGUUUUAUCUUUGAUCUCUUAAGUCAAUGUCAGGCAUCCACAUUAACGAUACAAGAGCAGCUGACUGUGACGUUACACCAAACAGAAACGUCCAGCCACUUUGAUAAAGCCCGACUGCAGGGAGAGGUGCCUCCCAGGGGCUGUAGGGACAGAGGCCAAAAGUGACUCUGAUGGGAACAGAACUGCUAUUUGGAGGCCAUGCCCUCUAAGAUACAAAGCGGAAAAGUCCCCCCAGAUACACAUGGUCGCAAAGUUAGCAAGGCCAGUGGCAGAGCCCCCUCCCACGGGGGCAAGAGCACAAAAGAGCCUGCGGGGACACCUAGGGAGGACACACAUGCCAGUGCUUGGCUAAGUGGAUUAACUUCCUCGUGAGCUCCGGCAUUAGCAGCAAGUUAUGGGCCAAAUCCAUGAAGGGGACCAGCCCUUUAUUUUCCAUGCUUUUGCCUUGGUUUUUGCUUUAUUUUCAGAAGGAGAAACUUAACUUUCCUAUUUAUUUUCAAGCAUUAGGAUAAAUAUCCCACUGUUGGAUUUUGUUUGUUUGUUUUGUUUUCUUCCCUUUCAGAACGUUGGCAUUAUUAACAAAAUUGCUACCAAACCUCUCCACUCCCCUCUGGAGAAGGAGACCUGAGCACCCUAGGGUGCUCUGACCCAUUGGGCUCACCCACAUCCCUGGGCUGCUCGGUACUGUCUGGAGACAGAAUGACAGUUAGUAUAUAACGCUGCUUAGGGAGGAGGACAUUGUCUAACUCAGAAGUGUAAAGCCCGCCCCCAUCAGCCACCUAGAACCUCUGACUCUGCCUCGGGAGAGGGCAUUCGAUACACCAAGUCGAUUUGGUUUCUAUCAGAAAGUUUGCUUCAUUCUUCUUCCAUCCCACCUUUUUCUGUAGAUUUUUCUCUUCUCCUAGGAUCUAGGCAUUGAUCUGCCCCAGGUCUUAACCCUGGCCUGCUCUCCUCACAACAACUGAAGCCCCAAAAGAAGAAACUGGGUCUGUCCGGAGCUGUCCUCUAGCUACAGAGCUGACGCGGCUCCAGGCAUAAUUCAUCACUUUUGUUAUUAUUAUUAUUUUGGUUUGAUGUUUUGUUGUUUCUUUUUGUGAGACAAGUUCUUGCUGUAUAGCCCAGGUUGACCUUGAACUCAAGGUGCUUCUGCUCCAGCCUCCUGCGUUCUAGGCUUAUAGGUGUGUACCACCAUGCCCAGCAGAGUUUUUCAGUUUUUAAAGAAAAUAGGUUAAGUUUGCUUUCCUUGGGUUAUCCAUGUGGGUCAAGGUCGGGUGUAGCCUGCUGCUCAGAGACCGAUCAACUACACUGGACCUUAGACCUCUAUUGGCCCCAGCAUUUUCAGUAGGACCCUGCCUGAAGUCCUGACUCAUGGGGACCUACACAAAUGAGGCACAGGGCUUGUUUUCAUUUAGUGCACACCAUUACCUUCAGAUGACAGAUCUUCCCUGGUCUGCUGGAGGGUCCUGAACAUCUGACUUCUUUAAAGAUUUUGAACUGACAUCAAAGUAUUGAUGGGAACUUCUUCACUAAUGUCCCAUCCUAAAGAUGUCACCAGGAAUUGUCAUCGAAGACUCAGCAAAGGUGGGGAAAAUUAGGAUGGACAUAUGAUGGUGAAGGCGGAGGAUCCCAGGGAGGACCUCAGCUUGGGGGUCUGAGCAUCCCAGUUCUCAGGCCCAGCCAAUCACAGCAGCCAGUAGCCCUCCUGGUGCCUAUACAUAAAUGCAGCAGCUCAAAUGCCCCUAGAAGUGCCUUCCCAGCCAGGUCUUUUGUAAAACAACGGGUCUGAAGAGUCAGAAGCUAAGGCUAGGCUGUGAUGAGUCUGGCUGGACAUCGUUCCUGCCCCAACAGAUGACAGCCCUGAUUUUUGGUGACUGAUUUUGGAAGACCGAUGUUAUUUUCCUCCCUGGGCCAUCUCACAACAGAGAUAGCCCUGAUUAACUUUACCAGCGCUCUCCUGCCAGUUCACACCAUGCUCUUCACAACACCCUCCUGCCAGUUCACACCAUGCUCCCCACAGCACCUCCUACCAGUUCACACUGUGCUCCCCACAGCACCCUCCUGCCAGUUCACACCAUGCUCCCCACAGCACCUUCUGACAGUUCACACCAUGCUCCCCAUAGCACCCUUCUGUCAAUUCACACUGUGCUCCCCACAGUGCCCUCCUGUCAGUUCACACUGUGUUCCCCAUAGCACCCUCCUGUCAGUUCACACUGUGCUCCCCACAGCACCCUCCUGUCAGUUCACACUGUGCUCCCCACAGCACCCUCCUGUCAGUUCACACUGUGCUCCCCACAGCACCCUCCUGUCAGUUCACACUGUGCUCCCCACAGCACCCUCCUGUCAGUUCAUACUGUGCUCCCCACAGCACCCUCCUGUCAGUUCACACUGUGCUCCCCACAGCACCCUCCUGUCAGUUCAUACUGUGCUCCCCUCAUUGCCCUCCUGUCAAUUCACACCAUGCCCCCUACAGUGCCCUUCUGUCAGUUCACACCAUGCUCCCCACAGCACCUUCCUGUCAGUUCACACUGUAUUUCCUGGCCCUCUCUUGAUGUUCAACACAGCUAUAAACAAGGAGUAAUCCUCAGCAGCCACACAGGACAGCACAGUUGUUCAGUGACUCAGGGGACAAUGAACAGCCCCACAGAAUGAAUUGGAAUUAAUUCCAGGGACAUCAAGAUGGCACCAUGAGUAAAAGUAUUUGCCAACAACCCUGAGGACCCGAAUUCAAUCCCUGGGACCCACAUGGUGGAAGGAGAGAACACACACUCACUAAUUUUUAAAAAUAAAAAUGAAUUUUUGAAUUUUAGAAAGGCUGCCACACCUCUGGUUGUAACCUUGAACACACCAUAGGACACAUUUUCUCCAUGGAAAAAAUACAGUGGCAACUCCAGCCUGAAAGACAGAUUCCAGAUGGACAAAUACAGAACCAAGCCAGGAGUCAGUUUGUCAUGUGUCCUAGAAAAAGGGUGGGACCAAUAGUCCCAAAGUGCGUUUUCUCCCACUCCCCCCAAAAAAGGGGCAGGAGGCAAGAUUGGUCCUAAACACGCACACUGGCGAAGGGUGAGGCUCUGGCUCUAAGGCUGGAGUCGUGGGUUGUUCCCAAGUACAGAAAGUCACCUGGAGUCCCCAGGCCAGCUUUCCUAGCGACUGUUAGUUACUGGGUGAGCCAACAGCAUUCUAACCCUGCCCACAGGCCCAGUCCUGUGGUGAGUUCUAAGCUUGUCGCUCCCAGGACCAAGGAGAGGCCAUACUAAACAACACAUAUGGUUUUUGACACAGGGUUUUACUCUGUAGCCCAGGCCAGCCUCAAACCCUGCCUCAGCCUCCUGGGUUACAGGUGUAUGCCACCAUGCCUGACUUACGUUUGUUUUUAAUGUUCUGGUGUAAGAUUUAUUCCCUGAAGCCAUUUAUCUGUCUCAAAGACCUAGUGUUGCACACACUCGUGCACAUGAUUACACACAGAGAGAACCGAACAGCAACUCCUCUCUGUAGAGUAGUAACUUUAUUAUAAGGAACCUGAUGCUGUCUUAGAACUCAUCAUUCUGACUUCUGUAUAUGAUGCACUGAAGGUUGAUAUGUAAUGUUUUAAUUUAUUUUAUGUGGUAAGUUAAUUUUGGUUUCUGUAAUGUAUUAAUGUGAUUAGAAGCUUUUUUCCUUAAUAUCUGAAUUAUACUUAAAGAGCAGUGAGGAAUAUAAGAUACUGUUGUGGUUUUCAGAAGUGUGUAUUGUUACUCAGUUGUAUUGUACCUUGUUUGGAAGGAUGAAGGAAUGAACUUUUUUUCCUAAA